UUGACAAGCGUUUGAUAAACAGGCGGUGUUGAAAUACAAAUAUGCACGAACACAGUGACCAUGCAACAAAUGUGAUCUUCGACUGAAUGCACGUAUCGUAUCGAUUUAAAAAUGUCUUUUAGAGAAAUUGUGACACUUCAGGUCGGCCAUUAUUCAAACUUUGUUGGUACCCACAUGUGGAAUGCUCAGGAGUCAUCAUUCAACUAUGACCCUGCAAAAGCAAGUGAAAAAGAAAUUUGUCACGAUGUGUUGUAUAGAGAGGGACAGAAUCUGCAACGGGAAGUAACGUUCACCCCACGUCUUGUGUUGUUAGAUUUGAAGGGAAGUCUAAGAACUCUUCGACAACAGGGAGAUCUUUACGACAUGGGUAUUGAAGAAGAAGUAAACUGGCCAGGGGACGUAACUAUGCACAGUGAAGACCGGCCAGCAAGGAAUGCCUUCUUAAAAAGUCUCCACAAAGAGGAUAGUCGUAUUGAUGAUGAUGACAAUCAUGAUGAGGAUGAUGACUGCAUCAGUAAAGACAAUGGCAAAACAUCCAAGAAAAAGAAGAAAAUGGCUCAUUGCAAAGAAUCCGAUACAGACCGUAUGCAGCAGGACAAGACGCAUUCAUUUGACGAGCAGGUGAAAGUCUGGUCAGAUUUCCUGGGUGCUAGAUUUCACCCAAAAACCAUUCAAGUUGUCCAGGAAUUUCGCCACCAGGAGGAGUAUUCACCCUUUGACAUCUAUCCGCUAGGUGAAGAAGUCAUGCGUAAUUACGAGACAACUUGUGAAUGGGAGGAUCGUGUUCAUUACUUCACCGAGGAAUGUGAUAACUUGCAAGGAUUUCACCUGCUGGCUGAUACCCACAAUGGCUUUGGUGGCAUCAUGUCAGGCAUGCUUAAGUAUCUGGAGGACGAGUUCCCGGGAAAAGGAGUGCUUGCGUUUGGUUUGACUCCCGCUGACGCGAGUGAUGACACAGCACAAGCCAGAGCUACAAGAAUUAUUAACUCUGCCCUGGCAUAUGACACAGCAUGCCGCCAUAGCUCACUUUUUGUGCCGGCUUCUGUUGCAAAGGGACUUUGGCGUUUGUUAGAGCCACCAAGAAAGUAUCCAUAUUUAGAUUUUAACUCCUCGCCCUUCCAUACCAGUGCCAUUCUCGCUGCAGCUAUAGAUACCAUGACUCUUCCAUAUCGACUUUAUGACGGUGCCAUCAAUAUCACGGACAUAACUCACUCGUUCAAUGCACAAGGAAGAAAGAUGGCCUCUUUAAGUGCAAAUUUCCCACUUGGGUUGUACCAAGAUGAAAGCUUAGUAGACUUUCUUACGCCGUAUGUAGCAGAGAUGAAUGUAUACCCAUGGCAGCCAUUGACACCUCACAUAACCAAUCAAAAUGCACCUUUUAUUCAGAGUGCAGUUUCUCGUGGUGCCAUGUUUAAUGGGGCUCAGACAAAAACUGAUUCACAAAAACUUCCCCAAUGCUUCACCAAUGUGAAAAGUACUGAAGAAACUAUAAGAAACUUUUUAUUCGAAAAAUCUCGGGGUUCCCCAUUUUCUUUGCAAUGUUUAAAAACAUCUAUCAGUACUAAAAUGCCGUUCCCCCAGAUUUUUUCAAAGGCCAUCAGUAAAACAGGUUAUGUAUCAACAUCUGACCGGCCUGAUGGAGUCAGUGUGGAGACGGCACCUGUGAUAACUUCUCUACAGUGUGCCCCGGAUCUGUGUGACCUGAUUGGUCAGUUGACGAGUUCAGCCAGUAAAAUGAACAUAAAGAAACACCAUCGUUAUUUGUCAGCUGGUCUGGAAGAAGACGACUUUACAGAUGUAUUGGACAACCUGAAUGCAGUGGCUAACUGUUACCAUAUGUAUCGCGAGGCUAUGUAGUGCUUUCAUUAGGUUUAGAAGUAAACAUAUUGCUUCUUAGAGAUCAUAGUGUUUUGCAGAAUCUGCUUAUUGGUGGGUUUCUAAUGUAUUUCUUAGAAAUUAUCAUAGGAUUAGACCUUAAAAAUUCCUUGUUUUUAUUCUUAUUUGCCAUCUUUUAUUUGCUGUAUACAAAAUUUAAGAGAAACACUUACUGCUUGAUGGAUUUUAAUUUUAUUUGAUUGAAAUGGUCACUAUGUCAUUCUUUCAGAGCAAAGUGGACUGGACUUGUUUGUGGUUCACAAUUAAAUUGUGUGAAAGAAAUAAGUUUACAUUUUCCUACCCCUUUUUGAAAUCUUUUCUCUUUGGUCUUGUUACUAACAGGUUAAAAUCAUUAUUUGACAAGUUAUAAAUCAAUCCACAGUGUAAAUAAUAAAUAAGUGAUGUAAGUAAUUAUCCCAGCCACAGACAUUUGACAUAUGCCUUUUCCAUGAACACAUAAUCAAACAUGUGACAUAUGCCUUUACAUGAACACACAAUCAGAGUUAUGGCCCUUUGUAUCUUAAAAAAAUACUUUUUUGAGUGUCAAAUAUAACACUUUUGUGUCCAGAAGCAUAUUGGCGGGGGAUAUCAAUUCAACGAAUUUGCUUGUUUUCAUUUAUUUUGUACAUGUAUUUGUAGAUGUUCGUAAAAAGCCUUGGAACUGCUUUGGUUUGAAUGUUAAUCAUUUUUAUAUGCCAGUUUUCAAAACAGGACGUAUUAUAAGAUCACUGUUGGCGGGCAGGCGGCGGUGGCCACAGCAGUGUCCGCUCUCUAUAUGAAGUAGUUUUCAUCUGAUCUUCACCAAACUUGGUCAGAAGUUGUAUCUAGACAAUAUCUAGGUGAAGUUCGAAUAUGGGUCAUGCUGGGUCAAAAACUAGGUCACGGGGUCACUUAGUGCAUUUUAAGGAUUUAGCAUGGUGUCAGCUGUCUAAUUGAAGUAGUUUUCAUCCGAUCUUCACCAAACUUGGUCAGAAGUUUUAUCUAGACAAUAUCUAGGUCAAGUUUGAAUAUGGGUCAUGCCAGGUCAAAAAAUAGGUCACGGGGUCUUUUAGUGCAUUUCAAGAAUUAAGCAUGGUGUCCACUCUAUAAUUUAAGUUCUUUUCAUCCGAUCUUCACCAAAUUUGGUCAGAAGUAUUGUCUAAAUGAUAUCUAGGUCAAGUUUAAAUAUGGGUCAUGCCGGGUCAAAAACUAGGUCAUGAGGUCACUUAGUGCAUUUCAAGCAUUUAGCAUGGUGUCCACUCUCUAAUUGAAGUAGUUUUCAUCCAAUCUUUACCAAAUUUGGUCAGAAGUUGUGUCUAGAUGAUAUGUAGGUCAAGUUCAAAUAUGGGUCAUGGUUAAGUUAUCAAGUUGUCCAAAACCUUCAAACGGGCGUAUCUUGUGACAGUUUGGCAUUCUUGUUUUAAUUUCAUUAUUGAAGUUAUAACCUCUGUAGUACAAACAAGCUUUUAUUUUAUGUGUUGCUAUUAUUUGAAUUCACAGACAUGGCAGAUUAAAUUAAUCUAGUUA